CCGUCAUAAAUGUAUAGAAAUAUUUUAAUGCAGCUGAAAUAAUGUUAAAAGUUAUUAACUUUCCCUUAAUUAUAUGCUUAAAAACAUCUGCGUAUAAAAGAAAACAGUACCAAGAUUAUUUAUAAUGUAAAUAAAUGUGGUACAUAUAUAAUAAAAUUUGCCGCCAGGAGGCUUCCGUGUUGGGAACUUUGCGCAUGCGUAUCAUUUCGAUGUAAACAGCGAAGCAUGGAGUCCGGUAAGAGAAAACGCGGUCGUCCAAGUUUGACGGAGUCAGCACGGAAGAAAAAGAGGAAAGAAUCUGAAAAACGACGCAGCCAACAAAGAAUUUCUAUAGGACACCAUCUAGAAGAAUGGAAUCGGCUUCGUGUUGCACUUGGCCUACAAUCAAACCCACAACUUGCAGGCGUUCUCCUCAGGCAACACAAGCACUAUGAAGGCCGUACUAGACGUAUGUCAACUCCUGCAAAACAGGGCUUGCCAACAGGUCCAGAAUUUACAGUGUCUGAGAUUUCCUGUACAGACACAGGCAGUAAAGACAGUGAAAGCACGGAAACAGCAGUGUCAGGAAUAGAAGAAAUGGAAAAAUCCUUUGGGGAUCAGCCAACAAGCAGCCAUGUUACAUUUCAGAAAAAAGCACUGUCAUCCUCCUUCAUAGACCCAUUCAGUUUAAGUAUUAGUGUUACCAAGGAUUAUGACGAGGAAGAAGAUAUGCAUGACGACGAUUAUGUACCAGAAUUUGAUGUGACCUUGGGGGAAGAGAAUACAGAUAUUGAAGAUGUAGCUGGCGGUGACAUGGUCCUUGAUAUAGAGAAUACAGAUAUGGAAGUUGAAUCAGGAGAAAACUUCACCGGCCCAGGCAUCACCCAAAUAUCAUCAAUGACAGAGUCUGAAUCCGUUUUGAAAGCAGAUAAAGUGAUUGCAUAUGAAGAGCAGCUUCUGCAGUUAGCUUCCACAAAGAUAAAUGAUAAAUGCAUAGUGAAAGGAUGCUCGGAAACAUUGAAACUUUCUACAAAGUAUGUCGCAUCUGCCAUGUACAUUGUUUGGUCCUGCGCAAAUGCACACAUUAGACAUAGAUGGUGUUCUCAACCAGUGCUCAACAAAGGACUUCACAGUGGAGAUUUGAUGAUAUCAGCUGCAAUUCUUUUCUCUGGGAACAAUUUCAGUAAGGUGGCACUAAUGGCAAAGUUCCUCGAUCUUCAUUUCCCCAGCCAGUCAUCCUUUACACGUAUACAGAGGAGUUACCUUGUUCCAGCCAUUGAUGAGAAGUGGGAAACACAUCAAGAGAGUAUAAGGGCUGAUCUUGGUGACAAGAAUUUAGUACUACUGGGAGAUGGGCGUAUGGACAGUCCUGGGCAUUGUGCUCAGUAUUGUACCUACACAAUGAUGGAGAAUGACAGCAAAAAGAUAGUGGCCUUGGAAACUCUUGACAAGAGAGAGACUGGAAGAAAGAGUACGAAUCUUGAAAAGGCCGGCUUUCAAAGAGCACUGGAAGAUGUUAAACAAAGUAACCAGGUUACCGAAGUUGUUACUGAUGCACAUUUACAGAUUGGGGCAUUGAUGAAGAGACAGUAUCCUGAGAUAAAGCAUUCCCAUGACAUCUGGCAUGCUGCUAAGAAUUUGGGGAAGAAAAUAAUUGCGGCAGGCCAAGAAAAAUCGAACAAAGACUUGUUGGCAUGGAGCCAAGAUAUUGUGAAUCACUUUUGGCAUUGCUGCAAAGUUGCCAGCACCUAUGAAGAGUUCCUUGAUGUGUGGGUUGGAGUUCUGCAUCAUGUCCAUAACGAACAUGAGUGGGCAUUAUCCUAUGGAAGUUUGGCACCGGGAUCAUGUUUUCAUGGUGACCUUGAAGAGACAGAACGAGAUAAGAAAUGGCUGGACAAGGGAAGCUCUGCUCAUGCUGCCUUGACAAAAGUUGUUCUAGACAAACGCUUCCUGAAUAAUGUCCACUACUUUCUAAAUUUCAGAAGUACAUCAAACUUGGAGAUUUUCAACAACCACAUAUUGAUGUAUGCAACAAAGAGAAUUUCUUAUUCGCCACCAGUCUAUAGGGCAAGGAAUGUAUUGGCUGCAUUAGACUACAACCAUAGUGUUGAUUUGCCAACAGCUACAAAUAAAGAUGGAAGUAUCAGAUAUCAAAGGACUUUUUCAAAGAAGUCGGGGAGGUGGACAACUGUGGAGCGAAAGCAAAACAAGACUUAUGCCCAUAUUGACAAACUUUUUGAAAGAGCUCUAAAAAUGCGUUUGGAGUCUGAUAGAGGGAUGCAUCAUCCUGCAGAAUUAUCAGCAACAGACCCUCGACGGAUUUCCAAAACCAUUGCCCCAAAGUCUCCACCUCCAACAGCAGAACUUGUUUCCCAGAAAAAAUCAAGAUUUAAGUAGAUUAAAUAAACGUUUUCUUUUUUGUAAAGGCAGCUAAAUGUUUCAAUGGAUAUUACACAUGUAAGGCAAAUCUAUUUUAGUUCAUCACAGUUUAUUGUCAUUGUACAUGUAUAUAUGAUACAUACGAGUCCAAAUAAUGAAACUGUUUAAAUGUACAUUGUAAACUAUAUUGAAUGAACUGUGAUAUAUCAUUGCACAUACUGUAUCAUUUCUUUUUUCAAAUCUGUACAGAUGUGAUUGGUUUCCUUACCAUAUAAAAUCAUUAUACAUAUACUUUUUUCUCUCCAAAUGUGUUAAGGAUGUGUUUAAGUAGAUAUUCUUGUCCAUAGUUUUUUAAGAUAUGAAGAAAGAAUUUCCUCGAACUAAAACUAAUUCAUUAUGAUAAACAUGAUCACGUGUUUCUACAAAAUUAUGAACAUAAACUGCACCAUUAUUCCCAUUGAUAACAAACCUUAUACUAGUAUUCCAUUGAUAGUUAGCUACUCUUUAUGUUGUCUUAACCAAAAUGAUUGACCAAAAACCAAGGAAUUUGGUAGCUGCCUGUUGUUUAAUAUGUAGUCAUUAUCUGUUGGGCAUUUUUAAUUAUUUGACUUCUCAUCAGUAAGUACAUACAUGUAGCCAUAUUUCAUUUAAUUUGAUAUGAGACUUAUUAAGGGUAAGGGGUUUUAUAAUUGUUUAUUUCUUUGUCACUGCACCACUGUGGCCUGAGGGGUGUCAAAUCCUAAAUGUUUUAAAGAUAUGUUUUAAAUAAGGAAAUCUGUCCAUUAUCUAUAAUGAGCAAAGAUUUUUGUAUAAAAAUUUCAUGGCUCCCAAUCUCCAGCACUUGGUUGGGAACCAGAUUGGUAUUUAGUGAAACUACAUGUGUGUCAGUUUUAAUUCUGUGCAUGUUUGCAUGGUUAUAAGAAGCAUGUAGCUGUUUAUCAAAUUUUAAAAGUCCCUACCCCAUCACCAGGUGGUCAGGUUGUCAAUUGGGGCUCAAAUGGUACAUGUGUAUAUAGUGAAAGUACUUUCAGAUUUUUUUGAUUAUCUCUUACUUGCUUCUGUGUAUUGUGAAUAAAUACUCCUGCAUUAUUAUGAAGAGUGGGUAGCCAUAUGCCAAAUUAUGCAGUUCAAUGCAAAUUGUUUUCUUGUGUGCUUACAAUGAUGAAUCUUGUAUACAAGUUCGAGCUUUGCCAAGGUUAAAUUUUUUUGUUGAAAAUGUUCUAAGUGACACUUCCAUUGAGAAUUAUAGGGACAUUUCUGCAAUCAAGAUAACUUGAUUACCUCAUUUAUGUAUAAUAAUGCAAAUACAAAUUGACAAUAAAGAAUGGCAAUGUGGGAAAGGGUUACAGAUCAAGUCAAAAUGGGAUAUACACUGGUGAUAUAAACUACAAAAAUCUCUAAAUACAUGCAAUAUAAGCUGCAAUUGUUUAAAAUGGCAUGAAAGCAAUUACAUAUUAUUGCUCUAUAAUAAACAGAUUAAUUUUGGUGAACUAAUUUUAGUGUACAAUCCAUCUUGUCAUUUAGGAUUAAAGGUUCAGAUUUUAUUAAUCAGUGGUGUUAAUUUGAUCCAUUAGUGCAUUGCAGUCCACAAAUUCUUGUGUAUUUCUCUCCAUCUUCGAUGCCUUUUACUAUGGUUCGUAUUUUGAUCAUUUAUUUUGGAGAUGUGGAAGAAAAUAUGUUUAGUACUUUGUAACUAAUCAUAAUUAUAUGGCCAAUUUCAGUGCAUUGUAUACCGGUAGACUGGAAAGAAAUUAAGCUUACUGACAUUUUUUAUGAAAAUGCGUCUUGUGAAAUUUGAUUUUUCUAUAUUAGCAAUAUGUUGAUACAAUAAAGUUAUUUAAGGGGCAAGAUCUAAGAAAUUGAUAUAGAAAGAAAACAAUUAAAAUUCCUGUGGGAGGGGGUGGGUGGGGUCAAAUUCCAUUAAUUUUAUGAUGGGGGGAGGGGUCAAUUCUACUUUUUUAAGGUACAUAUACUUUUAAAGAUUACAUAUACACGGUGUGAAUAAACAGUAGAAAGGGUACAUAGAAUGUUAUUUAUACCAUGCUUAGUAUUUGUAAUUGAAAAUCAGUUUAGAUACUUUAGUUUACACAUGGAUGUAGUAGGGUCUAAAUGAAAAGUAUGUGAAUUUUGUUUCUUGAAAGACAUUGAACAUUUGAUCUUGCCCCUGAAUAUCAAUUCUAAUGCACACACUGA